CUCAACAUUUCAGAAUCAUAUUGUGCAUGGUAUUAUAGUUUCAAGAAAAUGUCUGAGACCAAAUAUGUAUCUAGUUGGUACAAUCUUCAUUCCAAAGUUCCAGAAUCCUAUGUGCAACCACUAGACAGAAGACCCUGCAAUGCUGUCAUGUCCACCAACAAGACAAUCCCAGUGAUUGAUCUCGCCGGAAAUGAUCGCGACGAGAUCGUAAAAAAAAUCAUUAAAUCCUCCGAAGAAUAUGGAUUUUUUCAGGUUGUGAAUCAUGGAGUUGCUAAGGAGUUAGUGGAUGAAACUCUAAGGAUUUUCAAAGAAUUUCAUGCUUUACCUGCUGAUGUGAAAGAAAGUGAAAGCUCUAAGGAUCCAAACAAAAGCUGUAAGCUCUAUACAAGCAGUGGGAGGAACGUUGCAGAUGUUGCUAAGUAUUGGAAAGAUUCAUUGAAACAUCCUUGUCCACCUUCUGGAGAAUUCACUCAGUAUUGGCCUCAGAAACCUCAGGGAUACCGUGAAACUGUUGGAAAAUACACACAAGAACUAAGAGCACUUGGGCUAAGAAUUCUGGGAUUAAUUUCAGAAGGGUUGGGACUGAGUUCAGAUUACUUCUCUGGAGAUCUAAGUGAAAAUCCAAUCAUUUUAUCUCACCAUUACCCUCCUUGUCCAGAACCAGGCCUAACAUUGGGAGCUUCAAAGCACAAAGAUCCAAACACUUUAACCAUUCUUUUUCAAGAACCAAAUAUCACUGCACUUCAUGUCAUGAAGGAUGGUGCUUGGAUUCCGGUUGAACCUAUUCCCGACGCCUUUGUAAUAAACAUGGGCUUUAUGCUUCAGAUAAUUACUAAUGGAAGGCUUAUCGGUGCUGAACAUCGGGUUGUAACAAACUCGAGCCCUAGCAGGCAUACUAUAGCUUAUUUUAUUAAUCCAAGCAAAGAAGCGAUUAUAGGACCUGCUAAGGAGGUUACAAGUUCAACUUCACCACCCAUUUAUCCAUCCAUGCCAUUUGGAGAAUUGUUGGAGAAAUUUAUGAACAAUGGCCCUUACUUUGAAGCACAAUUUCGCUUGUAAAAUGGAAACAUCAAGACACGUUUUGCUUUUGCUUGAGGAGAUUAAUAUGCAAGUAAUCACGAAUAAGUUGCUAGAGUAUACUAGCUUAUGAAUAAUUUGACUUGUAAUUUUACUCUAUGAUGGUCUUUUUAUGGCCUAACAUUUAUGUGCAAGUUUCCUCUUGGUCUUGAAUUGAUAUUUUUUUUAUAUUCGAGUAAUCUUUUUUUUCACAAUGUUUGCGUUAUGUUAAC